AUGAGUUUAGAUUUAAAUGAGGCCGAGGAUGGAAAUUCUAAAAUCAAGAAUUCCAAGAAGCGUAAUAUAGAAAAAAAUGACACCCCUAACAAAAUUGCAAAAAUAGGCUCAAGUUCUCCAGAAAUCCAUAACGAGGAUGCUCAAGGCGAGAACCAACCAUUAUGUGAAUCUUAUCCUUCUAACAACGAAGGAGAAACUGUGAAUUGCGAAAAAGAUAUAUUAGAUUACUCAAAUAAUAAUAAUGAAAUCGGAGGAGAUAAAAAUAUUGUAAUUGCAAAUCCCCAUGAUUAUAAAUAUAGAGGUAAAAAAAAGAAAAAAAAAAAAUUUAAAGAACAUAAGGAUGUAACUAAUCAUGAAAAUGAAAAACCCCAAAAAAUUAAGGAGAAGCAUAUCGAUAAAGAGAAAAAAAAUAAGACAGUUAAAAAACUUCAACAAAAUAAUACAAAAAAUGUAGUGAUAAAUCAGACCGAAAUAAAGAAUCCCGAUGAAUCUAACAUUGAGGGAAAAAACGAUAAAGAGGAGGAAGACAAUGAUGAUAAGAAUGAGGAUAAUAAAGAUGUUAUUGAGAAAAGCGACGAGGAAGAAGAAGAAGAAGAAGGUGAUGACGACGAUGAGGAAGAAGAUGAUGAUGAAGAAUAUGAUGAAGAAGAAAACGAUGAUGAAGAAGAAGACGAUGAUGAAGAAGAAGAUGAUGAGGAGGAUGACGAUAAUGGUGAGGAAGAAGAUGAUGAUGGCGAAAACGAAGAGGAAGAAGAUGUAAAGGGAGGGGAAACAAAACCUGAGGAAGGAGGUGAAGAAGAAAAAGAGAAAGAAGACGAUGAUGCAAAAGAUGAGGAAGAAGGAGAAGAUGAUGAAGAAGAAGAUAAAGAGCAUAGUGAUACGAAAGAUGAAGAAGACGCUAAAGAAAAAAUAAAAUUAAAUAAUAAGGAUAAUUCAUCUGAAAACGAUGAUGAUGAAAAAACCAGCAAUAAUGAAAAAAGCAUGACGGAUGGCGAAGAUGAUAAUGAAGAAAACGAAGAUGAACAAAGCAGUGUAGCUAAAACACAAAAGAGCAAUGAAAGCGUGUGUAGCGAAUAUGGGGAUCUCAAAAAAAAUGACCGACUUUUUGCAUCAUUGAAUGAUGUCAAUUCACCCAAUAAACUAUUCAGUGAAUAUGUAGGAACCUUAAAUAUAUUUGGGGGAAAAGGUUUAGAUUUGGAAAAAUUGCAGAAAAAUAUGAAUAAAAAAAAAAAAGUAAUAGAUGAAAAAAAGGAUAUUAAAAUGGUCGAAGAAGAAGAUCCAUUUGAAAAUGAAGAAAUAAUAUACUCAGAAAAUACUAUAAAGAUAAACAAGUUUGUUAAGAAAGACGGGAAACAAGAAUGGUCUGGUUAUUUACCAGUAAAAAUUCAAAUAAUGAAAAAUAAAGAAAAUGAUAAACAUCGAAUUUUAUGUUUUCAAAAAGGAAGUGGAAGAUUAUUUUUAAAUACAGAUAUUUUCGAGGGAUUUAGAAUAAUUGCCUCUAAAAAUUUGUCCGCCUUAUUUAAUGGGCGUGAUAUAGGUGAUGAAAAAAUAAUAACUCAGUAUAUAGUAACAUUUAUUAGUACCUCUUCAAGAGAUGAUUUUAUCAGUAAAAUUAAUGAUAUUGCCAAAAAAAAAUAA